CCAUGGAGAAUUACUUCCAGGCCGGGCCUUCCAACCUGGACAAGGUGCUGGAUGAGUUCGAGCAGAACGAAGAUGAGACAGACAAUCCCAUUCUCUCGGAUGCCAAGUGGACCCAGAUACUGGCCCCGCCAGCCCACCUGCUCUCUCUGAACCCCGCCCUGGCCCACGCAGACCUCAGCCCCCGGGAGAGUCCGCUGCCCUUCAAAACCCUCCCCGACUCCUCCUCAAGCACCUCCCCGGGGGCCGACCCUAAAAGACAUCCUGGUCCUGAUCCCCCAUCCUGGGUAGAAGAGAGGCCAGCAGACGUCCACAGCCCGCCCCUCCCCCAGCCCAACAUCGGCAAACUGGUGGGCACAGACGAUCUCUCGCCGCCCCCCGUGACGGCCUGCACUGCUGUGGAGAAUGGCUGCCCUGCCAGCCCCGCAAGCCCACAUCUGGAUGGGCUCAGUAAGGAGAUAAACUCUCCUUCAGACAACCAGCCCGGUGCCGCGGACCAGGAGGCUAAACCUCAUCCAGAGGAGAGAGCCGCCUCAGCAGGAGGAGGAGGCACCACUGUCAAUCACACUCACUUUACCUUCGAGGAUGGAUUACAACACGAAGACGAAACUCAUCCAAAUGUGGAACCGACAACACAAAAUGGGGAAGAUGUGAAAGAGGAGGCCAGUACAGAUGUUUUACAGGACAAUGGUCAAGAAAAACAAACUGCAGACUUUAAGGAGGAGCAGGUAGAAAGUCUCUUGAAUAGGGGGCGAGAUGUUCAGGCUGGUUGUGGGGUGGAGGAGAAUGGUGUGUCUCCUCCUGACAGGGUCAGAGUGGAGGAGAAGGAGAGGAGAUGUGGUUCAGACGGACACACAGACCAACUCCUCAGAAUAACAAGCCUUCCUAAUGGUUUGGAGCAGGAGAGCCAUGCCAGACUUGAGGAGGAGGAGGUGGAGGAGGGUUUUUCUCCCUCUCCUGUCCCCUCCAAAGAGGACUCUGUUACUGAGGAGAAAGAAAUGGAGGAAAGCAAGCAAGAGAGCAGCGAAGGAGGCGCAGUGGGGUCAGGUAGCAUCCAACCAAAACUCAACAACAAUCGGCUGCAGCCGGUCAGUGUUCCCUACGGGGGAGCGCGACCGAAGCAGCCGGUCAGCCUCAAGCUCCAGAUCCCUCAGCCGCUGUCGGGCCAAGUCCAAAAUCAGCUUGGCCCGUCUGCCGUCAGCAAGAACAAAAACCAGGAGAACCAGUGUCGGAGAGGCACGCCUUCUGAAAACACGCCCAGUGGGACAGAUCAGAGUGUAGUCGGGGUGAACGGAGAUGGUGUCGUCCACUCUGCUCCUCUGAUCCCCUCUGAGAGCCCAGACAACGACCUCCAGGCAGGUCAACAGGGCUCCCUGUGCAGGAAACCUGCCAGCUCCCUGGGAGAGGUCGCCCCGGUGUGGGUGCCCGACUCCCAGGCCCCUGUCUGCAUGAAAUGUGAUGUCAAGUUCACCUUCACCAAGAGGAGGCACCACUGCAGGGCCUGUGGCAAGGUUUUCUGUGCGACGUGUUGCAGCCUGAAGUGCAGGCUCAUGUACAUGGACAGGAAGGAGGCUCGCGUAUGCGUCACCUGUCAUUCUGCACUGACAAGUGCUCAAUCAUGGGAGACACCGGCCACUGCGAGCAACCAGAGUCCAAACCCCAACAACCCAGCGGAGUACUGCUCCACUAUCCCCCCUCUGCAACAGGCCCAGGCCUCAGGGGUGCUCAGCUCCCCUCCUCCGACCGUCAUGGUGCCCGUGGGAGUCCUGAAACAGGCUGGCAACGAGGGGUCCCUGACACGCGAGCAGAGGAGGGUGUGGUUUGCUGAUGGAGUGCUACCAAACGGAGACACAGCAGAGUCCCCGAAACCUCCGACCUCCAGCCCGGCCCCCUCGCAGUCUCUGGCCAUUUCAAACAAAUCCUCCACUUCUGAAUCGUCAGAGGCAGCCCAUACCCCUGUAGCCCCGGUGGGCAGCCCCGUGGGCAGCUCCCUCAGCCUGAUCCCGGAGGACGGGCUCCCUCCCAUCCUCAUCUCCACCGGAGUCAAAGGAGAUUACGCAGUGGAGGAGAGGCCGUCGGAGAUCGUCCUCAUGCAGCAGCUGGAGGAAGGAGGACCGGACCCCCUGGUCUUCGUGCUCAACGCUAACCUGCUCGCCAUGGUCAAGCUCGUCAACUACGUAAACAGGAAGUGUUGGUACGUGACGACGAAGGGCAUGCACGCCGUCGGCCAGGCUGAGGUGGUCAUCCUGCUCCAGUGUCUACCUGACGAGAAGACCAUCCCGAAAGACAUCUUCACCCACUUUGUGCAGCUCUACCAGGAGGCCCUCAGUGGCAACGUGCUCAGCCACCUGAGUCACUCGUUCUUCACGCAGAGCUUCCUGGGCAGUAAGGAGCACGGCGGCUUCCUCUACAUCAGCCCCUCCUUCCAGUCGCUGCAGGACCUGCUGCUGCCCAACCCGCCCUACCUCUUCGGCAUCCUGAUACAGAAGUGGGAGACGCCCUGGGCCAAGGUUUUCCCCAUCCGCCUCAUGCUGCGGCUGGGUGCAGAGUACCGAUUUUAUCCAUGUCCGCUGUUCAGUGUUCGCUUCAGAAAACCCCUUUUUGGAGAGACCGGUCACACUAUCAUGAAUCUGCUUGCGGACUUCCGUAACUACCAGUACACUCUGCCUGUGGUGAAAGGUCUGGUUGUAGACAUGGAGGUGAGGAAGACGAGCAUUAAGGUCCCCAGUAAUCGUUACAAUGAGCUGAUGAAGGCCAUGAACAAGUCCAACGAACACGUGCUGGCCAUGGGGGCGUGCUUCAACGACCGGGCCGACUCCCACCUGGUGUGCGUCCAAAACGAUGACGGGAACUACCAGACGCAGGCCAUCAGCAUCCAUCACCAGCCUCGCAAAGUUACUGGAGCCUGUUUCUUUGUGUUCAGUGGAGCUUUGAAAGCCUCGUCGGGCUUCUUAGCCAAAACCAGCAUUGUGGAAGACGGCGUGAUGAUCCAGAUCACAGCUGAGACGAUGGACUCCCUACGGCAAGCCCUGAGGGACAUGAAGGACUUCACCAUCACGUGCGGUAAAGCCGACCAGGAGGAGAACCAGGAGCUCGUCCACAUCCAGUGGACGGAGGACGACCACAACUUCAACAAGGGUGUCAUCAGUCCGAUUGAUGGGAAGUCUAUGGAGUCCAUCACCAGCGUCAAGAUCUUCCACGGCUCCGAGUUCAAAGCCAACGGCAAAGUCAUCCGCUGGACAGAGGUGUUUUUCCUCCAGAGUGAGGAUCAACCCAACGGUCUGAGCGACCCGGCCGACCACAGCCGGCACGAGAACGUGGCGAGAGCUUUCUGCAUGGCGCUGUGUCCGCACCUGAAGCUGCUGAAGGAGGACGGCAUGGCCAAACUGGGACUGAGGGUCACACUGGACUCUGACCAGGUGGGUUACCUGGCAGGAAGUAACGGCCAGCCGCUCCUGCCUCAGUACCUGAGCGACCUGGACAGCGCGCUGAUCCCCGUCAUCCACAGCGGGGCGUGCCAGCUGAGCGAGGGCCUGGUCAUGGAGCUCGUCUUCUACAUCCUGGAGAUCAUCUCCUAAAAGUCUGCUGAGCUUCACCUCCAGACAUCUUUUUACUUUCCGACGUCAUCUCACCGCCCGCUCCUCCUCCAUCACUUCCCUUCAACCGAUUGCACUUCAAAAAGAGCCCGAAAACUGUGGCGUGCCAGGCGGGGUAGCAUUCCUCAAGUCAAACCUAUGCAUCCAAUCGCCGUCUGUUUCUGCUCCAGAGGCCG